AUGUCGAACUCGACACCUCCCCAACUGCAGCCCACCUUCAUCGGGCACAUCAGUAGCACAAUGGAUGCACUGAUUUUGUUCGAAGCAUGCCUUAGUGGACAACGAGCCCAUGUUCCCCGCCGGCCGCACGACAGGGAAAGAGAUGAGCUGAUCCGCAGUGGUCAUGUUUUUAUCUACGAGGAGAAUGCAUCAGGUAUCAAACGCUGGACAGACGGUUACAACUGGAGUCCCAGCCGCAUACUUGGCAACUUCCUCAUUUACAGAGAAUUGGAGAAAGCGUUCCCUCCAGGCGAGAAGAAGCGGGCAAUGAAGCGUAAGAAGAGUGACAGCGGAGUCGCCAAGAUCCCGCAGCCCGGCUCACGAGCAACCUCCGUCGUCCCUCCUGCAGGUAUCGACAACAACGCAAACGGACGGGAUUUGGAAAGGUCGCUGAUUGGAUCGCUGGUGGAUUCCUACCCUUUCAAGGAAGGCGGCUUGGUAAAGAAGACGAUCAGUGUUAAAUGGAACGGGGUACCCCAUCACCUUGUCUCCUACUAUUCUAUCGAAGACGUUACCAACGGAAACUUGACCAACCCGUCGAAGCACCCGGAGCUCAGUCAGAUCAUACCCCGAUCCGGCCUCAUUUCAUCCCAAGACUUCCGAGUCCCUGUCGACCAGGAGGAUUAUGGCUAUGACGAGCGAACAGGCCUCAUCACCUAUGGAAUUCAUGGACUUCCAGAGUAUGGAACUCCCGGCGGCUCUUUGCCACGCUCCAUGUCACUCCCUACCGUGAACAUGGACCUGAACAUGUACGGCGCAAACCCACAUCACUUUGGUAUGCCACCGAAUUACCAGCCUCAUCUCGAUGUGCCUCCUCACCUCGCGAAUAACCACUACAUGCAUCCUUCACCAAAUGGCUAUUCAAUGGAUCCGAUGCGAUCCCGUAGCACCUCCAUGGCAACCAUUCCCUACACCCCUCAACCGGUCUUAACUAUUACCAAGGCGCCUAUCAACUUACUCAUCGCCCUUCAGUAG